AUGGACAUGGAAUCGACUGGAGUUGGAUUCUCCGUCCGUCUCGAUGGUAUAUGGAACUACACAGACGCAGAAGUUGCACAGGAUAAUUAUGCUGCCUUGAAAAUUUGGUUUCAGAAGUUCCCUGAAUUUCUCAGCAACGAUUUCUACGUAGCUGGCGAAUCUUAUGGUGGGACCUAUGUUCCAAUGCUUUCUUCCUUGUUGUUAAACGACGCCUUCUUCGCAAAUUUCAAGGGUAUGAUAAUAGGCAAUGGAUGUGUGGAUGACAUUCUGAAUCAAAAUUCUAUCGUAGAAUUCAAUUACAACCAUGGGUUUAUAGAUGAAAGUUAUUACCGUGAAGCCAUCAAAAAAUGUUGCAAUAACGAUCCAGAUAACUGCGAUUUCUACGAUAUGACAGUGAACGAGACAGGAUUCUGCUACAACGAGGUAAAUUUAUUCUGAAG